GCAGAGUCACCCGGUAACCAUGACGACGAGUACCGGUGGGCGGGGCUAGAGCCGCCCAAGGUGAUGGUGACGACGUCACGUGACCCCAGCGUCCGCCUGCGGCUCUUCGCGAAGGAGCUGUGCCUGCUGCUGCCCGGCGCCCGCCGCAUGAACCGGGGCCACGCCGAGCUCGGGGCGCUCGUGGCCGCGUGCCGGGGCGCCGGCGUCACCGACCUGGUGCUGCUGCACGAGACCCGCGGGAGGCCCGACGGGCUCUGCCUCUGCCACCUGCCCCACGGCCCCACGGCCCAUUUCACGCUGAGCGGCGCCGUGCUGAGGCAGGAGGUUGGGGGGCUGGGGGGGGCCCCGCUGGCUGCCCCCCAUCUGCUGCUGCUGCGCCUCGACUCGGCCCUGGGGCGCAGGGUCGGGACCAUCCUCAAGCACCUUUUCCCCGUGCCCCGGCCCGACUCGCGCCGCGUGGUGACGUUCGCCAACGAGGAUGACGUCAUCCUGGUCCGGAACCACGUUUACCGGCGCCGCGGCCGCAAGGUGGAGCUGGAGGAGGUGGGACCCCGGUUCCAGCUGCGGCCCUACCUCAUCCGCUUGGGGACCCUGGACCAAGGCGACGCCGCGGACGUGGAGUGGCGCUGGCACCCAUACACGGCCACCGCCCACAAGCGCCACCUGCUGGCAGCACCCACCCCUGCACCCUGACCCCCACCUUGACCCCCUG